AUGCCUUCGGCGAUGCUGCCCUGGUGGCAGGUCAACGUGCCCGACGAUCUGCGCACCGACGAGUGCCCCGACUUCCUCCAAGAAUGCGGGGAGAAGGACCGUCGCAUCAUUGGCACGCCCGACUCGCAGUACCGCCCCUAUAGCUGGGAGGAGGUCAAGGACAUCAUCAAAACAAACCGCAUCGACAAGUUCGUGAGGAAACCCAGCGAGCUGCGCCGCUACCGCCACUACACGUGGGAGCUGGUGCGCAACUAUGGAUCCAUUAUGGAUUUUGUCCUCAAGGAACGGCUGCAAUGGACCGACCUGACGCCCCGAGGCCACCCUUUCACCAAUUCCGACGACAUCAAGAUCCUGCACAACGACUGGCCCUACGGCGUCGAUGAGCGCAUCGUCCAUCUGGUCGUGUGGACAAAGUUUGAGCUCGAGGAUGACCCAGCCACCGACGACCUGACGCCGGAAGCCCGGCAGAUGAUCGACGACUAUGUGGACAAGACGUUUUGCACUCGCGUUAAUGCCGAGCGGGUCAUCUGGUUCAAGAACUGGAAAAGCCUCAAGUCGGUGCACGCCGUCGAGCACUUCCAUGUCAUGCUGUACAACCCGGACCUUGGCUUCAUCGAGGAGAUCACCAAUGGUGACGUCCCGCUGUCCAAGAAAGCGCCCGCCGUGUAG